AGCUAUCUCUGUACACUUACCUUUCUGCGGAGUUCAUCGGCACGGCAACCAUCUACAACACAAUUCGUCGGGUGGGCACAGUGCUUCAGCUCAUGCAUACGCUUAAGUACUACCACUGGGCCGUCAACCCUGCAGACAGCAGCGGCAUCUCGCCAAAGGGUCUCGAUGGUCCAAGGCCGACCCAGAAAGAAAUAAUUUCUCUGCGGGCAUUCAUGCUUCUCUUUCUCAAGCAACUCAUCCUGAAGGACCGGGGUGUGAAGGAAGAUGAGCUGCAGAGCAUCCUAAACUAUUUGUUAACAAUGCAUGAGGAUGAGAAUCUGCAUGAUGUGCUGCAGCUGGUGGCAGCCCUCAUGUCUGAGCAUCCAGCCUCUAUGAUCCCUGCUUUUGACCAGAGAAAUGGAAUACGGGUGAUCUACAAGCUCAUGGCCUCAAAGAGUGAAGGCAUUCGAGUACAAUCCCUCAAAGUCCUUGGGUACUUCCUCAAGCAUUUGGGCCACAAGAGGAAGGUGGAGAUCAUGCACACACACAGCCUCUUCACUCUCCUGGGAGAGCGGCUCAUGCUGCACACCAACACUGUGACCGUGACGACCUACAACACUCUGUACGAGAUUCUGACAGAGCAGGUGUGCACACAGGUAGUUCACAAACCUCAUCCUGAGCCCGACUCCACUGUCAAGAUUCAGAACCCAAUGAUUCUCAAGGUGGUAGCCACCUUAUUGAAGAACUCCGCCCCCAGCACAGAGCUGAUGGAAGUUCGUCGGCUCUUCCUUUCAGACAUGAUCAAACUGUUCAGCAACAGCCGGGAGAACAGACGGUGUCUGCUUCAGUGCUCCGUAUGGCAGGACUGGAUGUUUUCUGUCGGCUACAUCAACCCUAAAAACUCUGAUGAGCAGAAGAUCACGGAGAUGGUGUACAACAUCUUUCGUAUUCUGCUCUACCAUGCCAUCAAGUAUGAGUGGGGAGGAUGGCGCGUGUGGGUGGACACUCUCUCUAUAGCCCACUCUAAGGUGACAUACGAGGCACAUAAAGAGUACUUGGCUAAGAUGUAUGAAGAGUACCAGCGUCAGGAAGAGGAGAAUAUUAAGAAAGGGAAGAAGGGUUUGGUCAGCACCAUCUCUGGUCUGUCUGCUCAGGCGUCUGGCAUCAAUGGCGCAAUUGAGAUCAGAGAAAUGGACGACAACUCCCAGACACCUGAGAGCGAGAAGGACUACGAGAGCGCGGACUCUCACAACUUGCUGGCUGAAGGCAAGGGGCCCGAAAUGGGUCUCAGAGGGACAGAGGCUACGGUAGACGGGGUCCGGGUCGAAGUUCACCACCUUCUGGUGGACAUCAAGGCUGAAAAGGUGGAGGCUACAGAGGUUAAGCUAGAUGAUAUGGAAACACUGGGAGUGUCUGAGAACGGAGCCCUGGUGGAGGUGGACUCUCUGCUGGAUAAUGUUUAUUGUGCUGCUGUGGAAAAGCUCAACAGCGAUGUCAACAGUGUGCUGUUGCCAAAGGGCAGCAUGGCUGACCACAAUGCACCCCCUCUCAUUACUCUAGACGAUGACAAGGACAGCAUCCCCGACAGCAGCAACUUCCUGUUUGGCAAGGUGGCAAACAGCAUGGGAGACGCGCUGCUGCCUGAUCUCAGUACAGCCGCGCCUCUGGUGCUGCCCAGCCCAGAGACUUCAGUCCACACCAGCGCCGGGGAUGAACUGGGCCUUCUCGCUCACAUGACAGGCAGCUCUGAGCUGGGCUCCUUACCCAGCAUCCUGGAGAAGGACGAGUUUGAACUGCAGGCCGCCUUCGAGGGCAUCAGCUCCGUGGCUGGCGCCGAGGCCUCCUGCAAGAGCCCUGAGGUCCACGUGGUCUCCGCUGCAGCGCCGUCUGAAGGGGACGCCUCGGCUGUUAAAACCAGCAGUGCAGCAGAUGCAACGAGCAACACCUCUGACACAGAUGACGGCAAAGACAAAGAGAUGAAGAAGAUUCCGACGACAGCCACCACACAGAGUCUGCAUGGCCGCCUAGCCUCUCAGAUGGAGAGGGACAUCCGUGUGGACUUGGGCUUCCGGGGGACUCCCAUGACAGAAGAACAGCGGCAGCAGUUCAGCCCCGGCCCACGCACCACCAUGUUCCGCAUCCCAGAGUUCAAAUGGUCGGCCAUGCACCAGAGACUGCUCACUGACCUGCUGUGUGCACUGGAGAGUGACGUCCAUGUCUGGAGGAGCCACUCCACCAAAUCGGUCAUGGACUUUGUUAAUAGUAACGAGAACAUCAUAUUUGUCCACAACGCCAUCCACCUCAUCUCGCAAAUGGUAGACAACAUCAUCAUCGCUUGUGGAGGGAUCUUGCCCCUUCUCUCAGCUGCCACCUCUCCUACUACUGAGUUGGAGAACGUCGAGGCAACGCAGGGCAUGUCCUCGGAGACGGCCAUCACUUUCCUGUCCCGUCUCAUGGUGAUGGUAGACGUGUUGGUGUUCUCCAGCUCCCUCAACUUCAGUGAGAUUGAGGCUGAGAAGAACAUGUCCUCCGGGGGCCUGAUGCGUCAGUGCCUCCGACUGGUGUGUUGUGUGGCUGUUAGGAAUUGUCUCGAGUGCAGGCAGAGACACAGAGACAGAGGACUUAAGUAUUCCAUUACCAACAACAACAAGACUCAUGAAAACCUACAAAAUGCUGUGACUUCCAACAAGACAGCCAUAGAGACUGUCCCUAGUAACCUGUCUCCCAUCAAGGACCCUGAUCGCCUUUUGCAGGAUGUGGACAUCAGUCGACUGCGCGCCGUGGUGUUUCGUGAUGUGGAUGACAGUAAGCAAGCCCAAUUCCUGGCUUUAGCUGUGGUGUACUUCAUCUCUGUCCUCAUGGUCUCCAAGUACCGCGACAUCCUGGAGCCCCCGGAGACUGCCAGGAUAAGCCAAUCAGGCCGCAGCAUGCGUCAGGAGAUCAACUCACCAACAAGCACAGAAACACCAUUUGACAGCAGUAAGGACCGUCCUGCGCCAUCAGACCUUCACAUGGAGAGCUCCCUUCCCCACACAGACUCUGGUAUCGGAGAGGAGCAUGUAGCCAGCGUCUUGAACGGGUCUGAUCUGGAUAACAGCGCGGGAGUGCUCAUAUCUACACUGUCCUCAGAGGUGAAGAAGUCCCAGGAGAGUGUGUCUGAAUCACUCAGCGUGGAGGUGCUGAAACCGUCCUCCUCCAUUAUCAGCAUCAGCCAGCCCAAAAAGGGCAUCAAUGUCAAGGAGAUCCUGAAGAGCCUGGUGGCAGCUCCAGUGGAGGGCAUGGAGGCCGGGCUGGAGCCUGUGUCCUACCCAGACCCUGCUGCCAACGCCCAGGCCAUGCUGCCCAUGCAGUUUCACUCCUUUGACAGGAGUGUGGUGGUUCCUGUGAAGAAAACCUCCCCUGGCAGCCUCGCAGUUAACACAGUGGGAAGCAGCAGCAGCAGCAGCACCUCUGCUGGGCUGACAGCUGGCAGCACCCCCAACAUCUUUGCUGCCGCCUCUGCCACCCCCAAAAGCAUGAUCAACACCACGGGAGCAACUGAUGCAGCCGCCUCCACCUCCUCUUCCUCCAGUUUUGUCAACGGAGCCACCAGUAAGAACCUGCCGGCCGUGCAGACGGUGGCCCCCAUGCCUGAAGACACAGAAGAAAACAUGAGCAUUACUACGAAGCUAGAGAGGGCUUUGGAGAAGGUGGCACCCCUGCUGAGAGAGAUCUUCGUGGACUUUGCACCCUUUCUGUCACGCACCCUGCUGGGCAGCCAUGGGCAGGAGCUGCUCAUAGAAGGUCUCGUGUGUAUGAAGUCAAGCACCUCAGUGGUGGAGCUCGUCAUGCUGCUUUGUUCUCAGGAAUGGCAGAACUCCAUUCAGAAGAACGCUGGCCUGGCUUUCAUUGAGCUAAUCAACGAAGGCAGGUUGCUUUGCCAUGCCAUGAAGGACCACAUAGUUCGGGUAGCCAACGAGGCUGAGUUCAUCCUGAACAGACAGCGAGCAGAGGACGUCCACAAACACGCAGAGUUUGAGUCCAACUGUGCCCAAUAUGCUGCUGACAGAAAAGAAGAAGAGAAGAUGUGCGACCACCUGAUCAGUGCUGCUAAACACCGAGACCAUGUGACAGCCAACCAGUUAAAGCAGAAAAUCGUCAACAUCCUCACCAACAAGCACGGUGCCUGGGGGACGCUGGCCCAGAGUCAGCUGCACGACUUCUGGCGUCUCGACUACUGGGAAGAUGACCUGCGGCGGAGGCGGAGAUUUGUCAGAAACCCAUUUGGCUCCACCCACUUGGAUGUCACGUGCAAGUCACUGCAGGAGUAUGGCACAGAGGAGGACAAGGUGGUCAAAUCUAAGAAAGUCUUCCGAAGUCAAACUGUGGCCAGCCAGAACCCCGAGACCGAGCUGGUGCUGGAGGGAGACGAAGAUGCCGUCAGCCUGCUGCAGGAGAAGGAGAUGGACAACCUGGGUGCACGGUUCCUUCCUCAAGUGUUUAUCUCCAGAGGCCCAGUGGUCCUGAGCAGCCCGGCCCAGCUGGUGGCCCCCGUGCUGGUGGCCCGGGGGACUCUGUCCAUCACCACCACUGAGAUCUACUUCGAGGUGGACGAGGAUGACCCAGCCUUCAGAAGGGUCGAGCCAAAGGUCUUGGCAUACACUGAGGGUUUACAUGGGAAGUGGAUGUUCAGUGAGAUCCGGGCGGUAUUCUCCAGACGCUACCUCCUGCAGAACACAGCGAUGGAGGUCUUUAUGGCCAACAGAACAUCAGUCAUGUUCAACUUUCCUGACCAGGCCACAGUAAAGAAAGUGGUCUACAGUCUUCCUCGAGUGGGAGUGGGCACCAGCUAUGGACUUCCACAAGCAAGGCGCAUCUCCCUGGCCACUCCUCGGCAACUUUUCAAAUCCUCCAACAUGACCCAGCGCUGGCAGAGGAGAGAGAUCUCCAACUUUGAGUACCUCAUGUUUCUCAACACUAUUGCAGGGAGGACAUACAAUGACCUGAACCAGUACCCGGUCUUUCCCUGGGUCCUCACCAACUAUGACUCAGAGGAGCUGGACCUGACCCUGCCAGGGAACUUCAGAGAUCUCUCAAAGCCUGUUGGAGCUCUGAAUCCGAAGCGUGCAGCAUUCUACGCUGAACGUUAUGAGACUUGGGAAGACGACCAGACGCCACCUUGUCAUUACAACUCCCACUACUCCACAGCUGCCUCCACCCUGCACUGGCUUGUCAGAAUAGAGCCCUUCACCACGUUCCUCCUUAGUGCCAAUGACAACAAAUUCGACCACCCUGACCGCACCUUUUCAGCCAUCGCCCGCUCCUGGAGAAACUGUCAGAGGGACACCUCCGACAUUAAGGAACUGAUUCCUGAGUUCUACUACCUCCCGGAGAUGUUUGUUAACAGCAACGGCUACCAUCUGGGAAUGAGGGAGGACCGGACCAUGGUCUGUGACGUGGACUUGCCAGCCUGGGCCAAGAAGCCUGAAGACCUUGUUAGGAUCAACAGGAUGGCCCUGGAAAGCGAGUUUGUGUCAUGUCAGCUGCAUCAGUGGAUUGACCUUAUUUUCGGCUACAAGCAGCGAGGCCCGGAGGCGGUGCGUGCCCUCAACGUCUUUCACCACCUGACUUACGAGGGCUCCGUCAAGCUGGACAGUAUCACCGACCCUCCGCUCAGAGAGGCCACAGAGGCACAGAUCCAGAGCUUUGGACAGACGCCAUCUCAGUUGCUUAUUGAGCCACAUCCUCCACGCAGCUCCGCCAUGCACCUGUGUUUCCUUCCACAGAGUCCUCUCAUGUUCAAGGACCAGAUGCAGCAGGACGUCAUCAUGGUGUUGAAGUUUCCGUCCAAUUCGCCGGUAACGCAUGUGGCCGCCAACACCCUGCCCCACCUCGCCAUACCUGCCGUGGUCACGGUCACCUGCAGCCGCGUGUUCGCUGUCAACCGAUGGCACAACACCGUCGGUCUCCGAGGAGCACCAGGCUACUCUCUUGAGCAGGCCCAUCACCUCCCUAUAGAGAUGGACUCUCUGGUUGCCAACAAUACUGGAAGCAACAAGCGCCAGAUCACAGACCUAGUGGACCAGAGCAUCCAAAUCACCACACACUGUUUUGUGGUGACAGCUGACAACCGCUACAUCCUGGUGUGUGGCUUCUGGGACAAGAGCUUUCGUGUGUACUCCUCCGAGACAGGCAAGCUGACCCAGAUAGUUUUUGGCCACUGGGACGUAGUGACAUGUCUGGCCAGAUCAGAGUCUUACAUCGGAGGAGACUGCUACAUCGUCUCUGGGUCCAGGGAUGCGACACUUCUGCUGUGGUACUGGAGUGGACGGCACCAUAUUAUUGGCGACAACCCCAAUAACAGUGACUACCCAGCACCGCGAGCAGUUUUGACGGGCCAUGACCAGGAAGUUGUGUGUGUGUCAGUCUGCGCAGAGCUGGGCCUGGUCAUCAGCGGAGCCAAAGAGGGUCCAUGUCUGGUCCACACCAUCACAGGGGACCUGCUGCGGGCUCUGGAGGGACCAGAGCACUAUCGGUGCCCACGGCUCAUCUCAGUGUCCAGUGAGGGCCACUGCAUCAUCAAGUACGAGAGGGGCUGCUUCUGCAACUUCAGCAUUAAUGGAAAGCUGCUGGCACAGAUGGAGGUCAACGAUUCCACCAGGGCUAUUCUCCUGAGCAGUGAUGGCCACAACCUGGUCACAGGUGGGGAUAAUGGCGUGGUGGAGGUGUGGCAGGCCUGUGACUUCAAACAGCUCUACGUCUACCCUGGCUGUGAUGCUGGCAUCCGAGCCAUGGACCUAUCACACGAUCAAAGGACUUUGAUCACAGGCAUGGCCUCUGGCAGUAUCGUGGCAUUUAACAUCGAUUUCAACCGGUGGCACUACGAGCAUCAAAACAGGUACUGAGCAGAGACCGAUCCACAACACAAGAAGGCAACGUGGAGCGUUAAGAGAAACCCCUACCAACCAGUGACCGAGCUGUGCUGCAGAAGAUCCACAAAGCAUGGAGACGAUCACCACAGUGACACUAACCAAGACCAAGGGUGCUUACAUGUGUUCAUCUAGCCCCUAAGGCAGACCUGUUGCUAUGUGUCGGUUGCUCAACAAUCUGGAUGCAUGUUCUGUUGGUUUUCAUGUCUUACCCAAGCACCAGCUGAUGCAUUUCCCCAACUGAGUCCAGCAGGUCUGUUCUGGGCAAGGAGAAGGUAACACAAUUACACAGUUAAUAAAACGUGCUUAAUGUAAGCUUUUGAGUUCCUGUUUUAAACUGAAAAUGCAAAACAAAACGUUAGGAACAUUUAUACAACAUUUGUAUGGCAGAUACAUAUCUCACUUGGAACACUUUUCUAGAAAAUAAAAUAGAAAAUGUAAAUAUGGACAGUGUAAAGUGUUUCUUCCCUGUAAAGGCUGAGAUAAAGAUCUAAAUGCUGUUAGACUAGCCACCAUGUUACUAUCAUUUCCAUCAUGCGAGCCAUGUAUAAAUGUUCAAAAUGUCUUCAUUGGACUUGAGAUAUUAGUUGGUUAGUAAUACAUGUAUAUGGCCUUUGUUUGCUCAUCGUUAUCAACAGUGGUCAAAUGUAUGUGCACGUAAAAAGACAAAAUGUUCCUUGUUCAUUUGUUGUGUUUGAUUGUCUUUGAUUGUCUAUAUGGAAGAAAAGUGAAAUUCGGUGUGAGCAUAGUCUUUUGUGAAAUGUUUUUGAUCACGUCAGCAAAAAGGAUAAUUAAAUUGACAACUUGUUUAUUAAUGGCAAACAAUUCAAAUUAUUUACUUAAAAUAAUUCAAGUUGGACAUUCGAAACAGAAGUUAUCAAUCUUUUGCUCCAUUUGUUGUUUAGGCUUCUUCAAAAAACACAUCCAGAGGAUUAAAUAGAGAGGAUUUGGUGGACUGUUAAGGUGUUUGUGGUAAAGCUGUAAGACAUUUUAAAAGACAAUUGUCUACAAUUGUUGGCACUGCAAACAUUAGUACUGUUACUUGUGCAUCUCACAGUUUUUCAGUUUGCCUAUUUUUGCAAAAAUGUUUGCUCGUCCAUUUUAAAUCUGUAUAUUCAUGAACACCAGUUCAUGCUGAAACACCAUGCAUUGGUAAGCAAUAUUAUGACUUGGUUGCUGUAAAGGUCUAAGGAUUUCAGCUGUGACAAAAAAUGAUUUAAUAAUAGAACAGGAUAGUGUUUAAAAAAAUGAUCUUCUAUUUUUGGUGAUGUGAAAGCUAUUGUGUCCGCAUUUAAUUGCAGAAAUGAGAAGUCUGUCGCUGUGGGCUGACUAUUUAAAAUGAACAAAAAUAUGCAAAUACAUUUUGAGUUUGCAUUUUGAUUUUCUAGUGGUGCGCCAAGACACCCGACGCCAACAUUCUGCAUGCUAAGAGCUACUGAAGGCAUUGGGUUUACUUUGCUUUCCUGUAAAAAUCAUAUAUUAUUGCAAAUUUAAAUUAGUUUUGACAUUUUUUUUGUUAAUGUUGGAACCUGUGCAUUUUGACUUCAUGUAUUUUAAGAUGUUAUGAUUUAUAUAUUUUAGUUGUAUUGCUAAUUGUUUUGAAAGAGGAAUGUUUAAAGCAUAUGUGAUAUCAAAAAUAACUGUAAAUUAAGCUGCUUUCAUUAUUUUUUGUUGUUUUUAAAUAAAACUGAAUAAACAUA